GCUCCAACUUGACUUUAUUACCUAAUCUCGCUGGAAGGUGCCUCACGAAUCUUGGCUCUCCUCCAUUUUUAUUUUCAAUCGAUAUAAAGUAUCAAAUGUUGCAGUUGACAUGUUAAAAGAAAAGCUUAAAAUUAAUUCCACAGGUAGAUUCAAUGAUCCUACAUAACCCCAUCAAAGUUUCUUCAAUAUGCAAGGUGAAGCUCACCAAAACAAUUUCAAUUUGGAAGGAAUAUGUCUAUUUUAGUAGCAGAAGCACCGGGCUAUCUACAAGUCUUUUCAGAUGGUUCUGUCAAUCGGUUUGCUCCGGAAAUAGCUACUGCCUCGCCGGAAAUGAGCAUUGAUGGAUACAAAUCAAAGGAUGUAGUUAUUGACCCAUCAAAGCUGGUGACAGCAAGACUCUUCCUCCCGGAAACCAAGAAGCCCCUUGACAUGCUAAUGCCGAUCGUGGUUUAUUUUCAUGGUGGUGGGUUUUGUGUUGGCUCCACCACCUGGCUUGGUUACCAUCACUUUCUGGGAGACUUCUCUGUCAAAUCCAAAUCCAUUGUUUUCUCCAUUGACUAUCGUCUGGCACCGGAGAAUCGUCUCCCUGUUGCUUAUGAUGAUUGCUACAGCUCUCUUCAAUGGCUAUCCAGACAUGUCAAUGCUGAACCGUGGCUCAAGCAGGGUGAUCUCUCCCGGGUUUUUCUCUCUGGUGACAGUGCUGGAGGGAACAUUGCACACCAGGUUGCUAUCAAAGUGAUGAGGAAUAAGGUUCCUCGUGUUGACAUCAAAGGGUUGAUGUUGAUUCAUCCUUAUUUUGGCAGCGAAAAGAGGACUGAGAGAGAAAUGGCAGAUGAGGAUGCCGGAGAUGUGAAAAGUAAUGACAUGUUUUGGAUGCUUAGUGUACCUGAAGGAUCGAACCGAGAUUACUUUGGAUGUAAUCUUGCGAUGCAGGAAGUGUCUGUCCGGGAAUGGAGGAGUGAAUUUCCAGCAGUGGCAGUUUUUGUUGCUGAGUUGGAUUUUUUGAAGGAAAGGGGACUUAUGCAUGCAGAGUUUUUGCAAAAAAAGGGAGUGAGACAUGUCAAGCUUAUGGAAUCAGAAGGAGAGUCACAUGUGUUCCAUGUCUUUAAUCCUAAAUCUGAAUCAACCUGCUUGCUCCAGGAACAGAUGAGUGAGUUCAUGAGGAGCUAUUAACAUAUCUCAAAUGGCUUUAGCCCCUAGAUUCAUGCUGCUAUAGC